ACAGAAGUCCCACUACUGACGUAAAAGGUUUUACGACACCGCACACACGUUUACGACGCUGCCAUGGCGGCUGAGGGUGUUAGUUUUGAGAGCACGACCAACAUCGCCGACCGCAGGGAAAUUAAACGCCAGGCGCGGCAAGAAGCACUUGACAAGGCCAAGCAUGGUUAUGAGAAGGAGGAGAGGAGGAAGGAGCUGAAGAGGCAGCGAGGGGAGGACACUUGGAUGCUUCCUCAGGUGACUGACAGACUGCAGGAAAUAGAAGAGGAGGUCUGUGUGAAAAGCAAAAAGAAGAAAGAGAAGAAAUCCAAGAAGAAGAAGAAGGAGAAGAAGAAGGAGAAAAAGGCAGCAGAUGUCUCAAGUGACAACUCAGAUGACUCUGCUGACGACUGGGUUGAAGCUCAGCCUCAGUCUCAGCCUCAGUCUCAGCCUGCCAAGGCCUGGAAACUUCCAGACAAGUCCAAAGCUGCAGAGACCGAGGGCGACUCCACUCAGAAUGUGCAGAGAGAUGAGUGGAUGACCUUUGACUUCCUGGCCAUGAAAACCACGUCCACUGCAGAGAGGAGAGCUGAGAAGGAGCGACAGAAAGAAGAGGAGCGGACCAAAGCCCAGGCCAUUGAACAGGCGGGUCUGCACAAACUGGAGCUGAACCCUUACUGGAAGGACGGAGGAAGUGGACUGCCCCCGGUGGAGAGUGCUGGUACUGCGGCAAAGAAAGAGGGUCCGGUGGUGAAUGAUGGGGGUCUGAGUUGGCUGAGGAAGAACUACCAGAGGAUGAAGGAGCAGGCAGAGAGAGAGCAGCGCAGCCUGGAGGACGUGGUGGCUGACAGAUACGGAUCAAUGCAGGAGUUUCAGCAGCGGCUGGAGGAGGCAGAAGAGGCGGUGUACGGACACAGGAGGAGAGGAGAAGGCGACAGGAAGGCCAGAGGCGGGUGGUCGGAGCGCAGGGAGGGAUGGAGGAGGAAAGGAGACGACAGCGAGAGAGAUGGCUGGAGAAGAAGUGAAAGAGAGGACAGACAUUCACAGAGAGGACAAGAUGGAGAAGGAGCGAGAGAUAAACCAGGACAGAGAGGGAGAGAUGGUGGAAGACAGGACAGGGAGGAAGAUGGAGAAGGAGGGAGAGAUAAACCAGGACAGAGAGGGAGAGAUGGUGGAAGACAGGACAGGGAGGAAGAAAGAGAGAGACCUCGGGAUAGAGAGAGAUCCAGUGUUGCAUCAUCCUCGCAACAAAGUUGGAGUCAACGUUCUUCUUCGCUCGGCUCCCUCAAAGGUCGCUUCCUUAAACCCUCUGAAGACGACGACGUCAGAGGGCGCCCUGCUCCUUCACCUCGGUCAUCCAUGAGAUUUUUAAAACCCGCCUCCGACGACGAAGACUCGGGUCCACAAACCACAAUUCCCCCGGCCUGCAAGACGAGCGUCAGUCCGGGCCGCGACCCCCAUUCUUUGGAAAAGGAGGAAGACCGCGUCGCUGCAAAGCUAACGGUCGCCCCGAGUGAUGGCAAAGGGAGAAAAUCAAGUGAGAGCGAGAGUGACGAAGAGGAGGAGGAGGAGGAGAAGGUUCCAAUCCUCUCAGAGGAUGACAUGAACAAGCUGGGCGCCAAACUGGUGAAGGCGGAGAUAAUGGGUAACACUGCCAUGGUUGAGAAGCUGAAGUCCCAGCUGGAGGCAGCUCGUAAAGCCCAAGAGAACCACGCGGCAAGAAGGAAGCUCCAGGAAACGAAUAAGUCCAACCAGGCGGCGGGCAGAUCUGUGGAAGACCAGGAGGUGGUGCUGUUCCGAACAGACCAGUCGGGUCAGGCCUGGCCGGUCCAGCCCAUGUCAGGACAUCGGGAGCCCCACGGAGGACGACGGAAGAAGAAGUCGAUCGAGACUCAUGUGGAUGGCGAGCGUGUGCGCUACUUCCAGGACGACGACAGCGUGGGUCUGCAGGAGAUGGUCAGGAGGGAGAAGAUGAGCUCGGCACAGGAUCAGAACGCCCUCUACUCUCGAAUGGCUGCCAAGAUGAUGGGGAAGACGGACGGCGACAACUACACCUUGGACGACAUGUUUGUGUCGGGCGCGGCGAGGAAGGAGGGCGAGGGCCGGGAGGAUGAGAGGAUGAGGAGCAGAGCGGCGGAGGAGAGCAGGAGGCUGGCGAGCACCAUGGACAAAUGUCCUCAGUGUUUCGACAGCAAGGAGCUGCAGAAGCACCUCCUGAUAGCCAUCGGCAGCAAGGCCUACCUGAGUCUACCUGCAGGUGUGUCCAUGACGGAGGGCCACUGUGUGGUCUCCCCCCUGCAGCACCACUGUGCCGCCACCAGCCUGGACGAAGACGUCUGGUCAGAAGUGCAGCUGUUCCGCCGCAGCUUGGUGCGCAUGUUCGAGUCCCAGGACAUGGACUGCGUGUUCAUGGAAACACACCUGGACCCACGCAGGAGACAACACAUGGUGCUGGAGUGUAUCCCACUCCCCCGGGAACUGGGGGACAUGGCGCCAAUAUACUUUAAGAAAGCCAUCAUGGAGUGUGAUGAGGAAUGGGCCAUGAACAAAAAGGUGGUUGACCUUUCUUCUAAGGACGUCCGCAGAGCUGUUCCCAGAGGACUGCCCUACUUUGCUGUGGACUUUGGACUCCAGGGAGGUUUCGCUCAUGUCAUUGAAAACCAGCAAAAGUUCCCACAUUACUUUGGCAAGGAAGUGGUCGGAGGGAUGAUGGACUUGGAGCCCAGGCGCUGGAGGAAGUCGAUACGGGAGAACUUUGACGACCAGAGGAAGAAAGUCCUGCAGUUUGCAGAGUGGUGGAAACCAUACGACUGCACCCGGACUGAGGAGGCAUCGUGAAUAUUUCAACUUGCACCAGGAGGAAAAUAAGCUUUUUAACACAAACAUUACUCAUUGGACAUGUUUCUUUGUAGGAUGUCAACUAUCAGUGAUGACAUUGUUCCUAGCCCCUUCCUGCUCCAUCACUGGUAACAAUGUAAUAGCCUCUCCGUGGUCACUGCAGCUUUAACGGUGGCAGGAAGCUUGCUUUUAAUCCGCUUAAAUCUUAUUUGGCACUAAAAAAAAAUAAAUAUUGAACCAUUUAUUUCCCUUGAUUGUGUUGUAGUCCAAAACAUGCUAAAUAAAUGAAAAAUGU